UGCUACCGUUUUGACUUACUAGGCAUAAGGAAUAUAUAUUGGGAGACACCUAGUUCUUCUCUAGAGCGAGUAAAAGAACGGGAGAAACAAAGCGAGUACCCGCCAUCAGAAGGGCUUUCAGACUUUGGUGGUGAAACUUCUCAAGGUAAAACGGACAAUCUCAUGGAUGAGCCUGACCAAGGCACAAAUAAAAAAUCUUUGAAGAGAGCUAGUUCAUCUGAUGGAGUAAAAGAACAUGGUGAUGAAAGGGAGAAACAAAGGAAGUGUUCGUCAUCAGAAGGUCUGCUACAAAUUUCAGAUUGUGGUGAAGAUAGAAAGAACAAUCCGAUGGAGUCUGAUCAAGAUAGAGGGUCGCCUUUUGUAUUCCGGAGAGAGCACUCCCGACAGCAGGUCGGGGAUGAUAGUGUUACAGGAAUGCUCGCGGAGCUGAAGCAGCAGAGUGAUUGGAUAAUGACAUCCAUUCGUGAGAUUGCGAAGGCGGGGGAUGUUCACUUACCGGAUUAUCCAUUACCCCUUUAACAACAAGGUGGUCGUAGACAGGAUUAGUUGGUUAAGAAGUUUACGAAGAAGACUAGCUGUCUAAUAUAUCAUGUACCUAAAAUGGUAAAGCCAACUUGACAUUACUUUCUUCAUAUAAGACUAAACUUUUUUUUGUA